CGGGAGGGGCGGCCCGGAUGACUUCUCCCUGAGAGAACCGCUGGUGGCGGCGCGGGCGAGCGCCAGCGCGCCUAGGCCCUGCUCGCCCAGCCGCUGCCACCUGCAGUGACCAUGAUAGUGUUUGUCAGGUUCAACUCCAGCCAUGGUUUCCCAGUGGAGGUCGAUUCUGACACCAGCAUCUUCCAGCUCAAGGAAGUGGUUGCUAAGCGACAGGGGGUCCCAGCUGACCAGCUGCAUGUGAUUUUUGCAGGGAAGGAGCUUCCAAAUGACCUGACAGUGCAGAGCUGUGACCUGGAACAGCAGAGCCUCGUCCACAUUGUGCAGAGACCAUGGGGAAAAGGGCAGGGCACGAAUGCAACUGGAGGCCAUGCACCUGGGAACCCCUGUGCGGGCCCGGACAGGGAGCCCAAGAGCUUGACACGCGUGGACCUCAGUGGCUGCGUCCUGCCUGCGCACUCCGUGGGGCUGGCCGUCAUUCUGGACACAGACGGCCGGAGUUACUCCCCAGCAGCCGCAAGGCCCGGUAAAACGACCUACAAGAGUUUUUACGUUUAUUGCAAAGACCCCUGUCGAAGAGUGCAGCCGGGAAAGCUGCGGGUGCGGUGCGGGGCCUGCAGACAGACCACGCUCACCUUGGCCCAGGGUCCAUCUUGCUGGGAAGACGUCUUAAUUCCAAACCGGAUGCGAGGUGAAUGCCAGUCCCCAGACUGCGCCGGCACGCGAGCUGAGUUUUUCUUUAAAUGUGGAGCGCACCCGACUUCCGACGAGGACACGUCAGUGGCUUUGAACCUGAUCACCACCAACAGUCGGGACAUCAGCUGCAUCACAUGCACAGACAUCAGGAGCCCCGUGCUGGUCUUCCCGUGCAACCACCACCACGUCAUCUGCUUGGACUGCUUCCACCUGUACUGUGUGACGAGACUCAAUGACCGGCAGUUUGUCCACGACGCCCAGCUCGGCUACACGCUGCCCUGCGUGGCUGGCUGUCCCAACUCCUUGAUUAAAGAGCUCCAUCACUUCAGGAUUCUGGGAGAAGAGCAGUACAACCGGUACCAGCAGUACGGGGCGGAGGAAUGUGUGCUGCAGAUGGGGGGCGUGCUGUGCCCCCGCCCGGGCUGUGGAGCAGGCCUGCUGCCCGAGCAGGGCCAGAGGAGAGUCACCUGUGAAGGAGGCAACAGCCUGGGCUGUGGGUUUGUCUUCUGCCGGGACUGCAAGGAUGCGUACCAUGCCGGCGGCUGCAGCACGCUGUUUAACACCUCGGGAGCCACUUCUCAGGCCUACAGAGUGGACGCGCGGGCCGCCGAGCGAGCCCGCUGGGAGGAGGCCUCCAAGGAGACCAUCAAGAACACCACCAGGCCGUGUCCCCGCUGCGGCGUGCCGGUGGAGAAGAACGGAGGAUGCAUGCACAUGCAGUGCCCGCAGCCCCACUGCAGGAUGGAGUGGUGCUGGAACUGCGGCUGCGAGUGGAACCGCGUCUGCAUGGGCGACCACUGGUUCGAUGUGUAGCGGGCACAGCAGGCCACAGCCUCUGCCUGCCCCGUGGCCGGCGGUCCUUCUUCCAAACACAGAUGCUUGCUCACACACGCACACACACACACACACAUAAUUAUAGAAACUUCUGGAUCCCAUUUACUGCAUCCAGGAAAAACUACCACCAGCAACGGUGCCUGUUCACACCUCAGGAAAUACCAUAGCACCAUGAACGCACUUGAUGUAAACUUGACACAAACCCUGGCUCUUACACUGAUUUUAGUUAGGCCGCAUCAGCUCCUGGAAGGAGACUGCUCAAGUUUAGUCUCCUGCAUUUUACUGCACGUGAGUACUGAGCGGAAGCCACUGGUGAGGUGGGAAGUAAUUGGGGUGUGGGCACAGUGUGGGGGCUCUCACAGGACGGACGGUCGUGGCGUCUUAGAGCUAACGAUAGCCAUGGCUUGGAGAGUGAUUUUCCCAUCUCACAGGGCCCCAGGUGAGCGCCAAGGAUAUUUGCUUUUCUCUGAGAAUUCUUUCGAUAAAUUUUGCUGGUAAAAUACGCGCUACGCACACAUCAAAAUGCCAACCACCGAGAGGUCAGGAAAGGGACCUGCAAUGCCGGCUUUGCAGUUCCAGGAAACAAAGCAAAACUCACGGUACUUUGAUCUCCUUUGAUUAUUUGCAACAUUUGCAAGAACUUAUUUCUUCUGAAGACAUCACACGUUCUAGAAUGUGCAUAGCUUGGCAAUCGAGCUCCUCUGCCUUUACUGUAAAUCUAGUAGAUAAAGGAGAUCGUUUUUUAGAACAAUUUCAGAAUUGCUCUAGGCCAGUGUUAUCAAAAGUGCAGGAUCUGAAGCUGAAUGUAUAUGGAAGGAGUGCUUCCAGAAUGAUCUACAUGAAAAUGCCCCUCCCCCAGGCGACUGCCCAAGAAGCCUGGACCGCCAGGGCCUUGGCACAGGCCGGCAGGCACGCAUCAGAACACACAAGCUAACAAGCUUUGUCUUGGACCACUACUCACAUUUGCAGCUGGUUGUUGAGGUGUUUGAGACCCACAGAAAGAUUCCCUCUAGAACCCGUGAGUAGAGUUUCCACAACCACUCAUGCUGGCGAGAACUUGUUGCGGGCCACGGCAGCCUCCCGCCGGCCUGCUGGCUCCCCCGGAGACAGAACCAAGAACGUCACUGACAACACGAGAUGCCCUGCUGGGUUUAAAGGCCUUGAUGUUCCCACCUCAGUGCCCCGGCUUCUCUUUUUAGACAAGCCCUUGCCGCUGGCAGAAGAGGGGGCCACCCCUGGAACUUUCCAGAUCACAUCCUGAGCAUGUCUGUCCCUCUGUCCGUGAUGACGUGGCCCUCUGUUUCCUGGGAGGUGCAGCACUGGAACAUCACACAAGCAGCCGAAUUUGGCUUUGCAUUAGAGUAUCCAUCCGGCCCACAGGCCAACUGCCACCACACCUGUGCCCUGACGCCCGGGGUCACGCAGAAACGCCAGCAAGGGCGAGGGCAGCGGGCGGCAUCUCCUUCCGUCAGCCAGGCAGUGUGGUCCUGACAAUCCCAGUCCAUCCCCGCUGCCGAAGCCAGCAGCACCGAGCCACGGCCCAUACCAUAUCACCGUGGCUCCGCUUUCUGGGCGCUGCUUUUGUUACUGACCCCUUAGAAUUCUGCACGGGGUUUUAGAGUUUUGAAGCUGGAAUGAGGUUUGCAGUCACCAGUGGCCGGGGAACCCGGUCCCCUGGGGCCAGGGGGCUGACUGUCCAGCAGGGUCCUUGGUGUUUUCACACUAGAGUAGUGAUUCUUAAAAUAUCUUAAGGGGGAAAAAACCACUGUGUAUGAACAUGACUCAGGAAUAGUAUUAUUGGAGCCUGAACUGUGUAAUAAAAUAUGAAGAUCAAAAGAACAGAAACAAGAUCUCUGCCAAAUAAUCGUUAUUUUUCUCUUACGUGUGUUGAGAAAUAUCUGAUGCCUGUGUCUACUGCUGAAUUCACACUGUCAAUAAAAGCUUCAAAAGAUU